UCUGCAUUGAGAUGUCAUAUUCCGGGAAAACAUUGUCGUCCGUGUCCAGGAGAGUGGCAGACGUCCGGUUUCGGAACAAGUCGACGAAGAUCGAAGGAUCUGAUGCUAGACGUCGAGCGAACGUGUGGAAGAAAAUUUUGGAUGAUGUUUGUGAUCAGUGUUCGCUGCAUGGUCUCAACCACAUCGUCGGGAAGGACCGGAGCACCGGAGAAAAAGCGUUCUGGUCGGUAACAGUAAUAUGCGCCGUACUGUUUGCCACUUAUGCGAUCGUCGAAUCUUGGAAGUCGUACAACAAAAGCACUAUCGACACAGUAGUUGAGACGACUUUUUUAAGCUACGCCGACAUAGCAUUUCCGAUGGUGGUGGUAUGUGACAGUUCAAGGGUUGACUGGCAACGGGUGAUGGGGUUAACUGCACGAGACUUGCCGGAUAUCGAUCCAGGUUUAUUGCCCACCGUCAGGAAAUUGUUGAAAACGUUCUCCGUGUUAUCUUAUGGAGAAUUUGACAAGCUCGACGAGUUGAAGAACUUAACGGAACUAUCCAAGCUCACCCAUCUAAACAUCACCGAACUUCUAGUGAAGGUGAUGAGGCCAUGUGACGAAGUGUUUUCCCACAGUGGCUGCUGGUGGAACUUCAAACAGGUAAACUGCUGUGAAAUAUUCGAGUUGCAGCGAACCGAAUUCGGUUUAUGCCAUUCGUUCAAUUCCGAUUUUUCUGAAUACAGUAGAGCGAGACUUGGCUCGGAAUCUGGUCUUAUUGGUUCGUUUUGGAGAACAGAGUCCGGAGAGCUCCGACCAAGGAGAACGGGUGACAAUGGUCAGUGGUCUGGUGUCAGAAUGUACGUAUCUACGAUGGCCCCGAUACAAAUCGCUCCUGGAGUAAAUGCCAAACCAUCCACAAGGAUAAUGAUCGGCGAACCCAGAGGCGCUCCGCUUGGAUCGGAUAUGGUCGUGACUGCUGGCAGUAUUGGCAUUGUUCACGUGUGGGGAGAUAGGAUAUACAACACAAACAGGACCAGGAGUCUGAACCCGAAAGAGCGAAGGUGUCUUUUCGCCGAUGAAAGUUCCACCGGAAUGGGCACGAAAUACUACCUGCGGAGGAAUUGCAAGACGGCGUGUUACUUGAAUCACUUGGUAAAACACUGUGGCUGUUAUUUAGAGUUCAUGUUCGGCCUCAUGCACCAAAACGAUUCGUUGCGGCCGUGCAACGUCGAAGAUUUGUUGUGCCUGUCCGAGAAAAAUAAAUUCUUCAAAAGUCUUAUACCGUCCGAAAAUAAUGCGUUCAUGACAAACGAUAUGCCAGGGCUGAAAUGCAAUUGCAUGCCGGAUUGCGUCCACCAAAUGUACAUUUCCGAAUUGACCAUCGCCGAACCAUCUAUAUCGACGGUGCUGAAUUCCUCGUCGUCCAUACUGAUCGACGCACACUUCAUACAGAGCACGUGCAUACUUUACAGAUCGGACUUGGUCCUAGGAUGGCUCGACUUGUUGGUAUCGUUUGGAGGUUGCGCCGGACUGUUUCUGGGCGGAUCGUUGUUGAGUUUCAUCGAACUCAUUUAUUUUUUGACAUGGAAGGCCUAUCACCACUGGCGCCAGACACCGUCUACCACAGUUGUUGCAUCCAAAUCUAACAAGAAACGCAAACAUCCACGUCGAGUAAUCAUGGACACUUGGACGAUCGACAAUACUCGAGCGAAUAAAAACAGACAAACUGAUCGUCUUUCGUGCCAUAUGUAGAUUUUAAGACCUUGAUAAUUAAGAUUUUGAUUAGUACUACAAAACUAUAUGAGAUAAAAUAACACUAUAUUAAAUCGGAACAGAAUAUAUUCAUUAGUUUGAGUUUAAUCAGAGUGUUCGCUGCACACGUCAAUACUAGGAAAUUGUAUCACGUUUAAUGCAUAGCCGUGUGAUUACUUAUGCACC